AUGAAUCCGAUGGCUUCAGCAGGACCCAUGGACAAUUCCAGGUUAGCGGUGGCACCCCACAACGGCUAUCCUGUGACCCAACAAGGCAUGUGUCAGGUGGCCCUGUCUCCAAGCAACCAGCCCCAAGUACACCUACUUCCUGUGAACCCACCGGGUUUGAAGCUACCUGGGAGUGAGCAGCCUGUCCAGAGAGUCUUCAAGGAGGCCAAAACCUUAGGAGCUGCCCAGAUCCUUAUUGGCCUGAUACACAUCGGCCUCGGCUCCGUCAUGGUCACCGUCGUCUCUGGGGGCUACACAGCUGUCUCACUCUUUGGAGGCUUUCCCUUCUGGGGAGGCAUCUGGUUCAUUGUUUCAGGAUCCCUCUCGGUGUCAGCAGAAAAUCAGCCACAAUCUUCUUGCCUGCUGAAUGGCAGCUUGGGCUUGAACAUCAUCAGUGCAAUCUGUUCUGUGGUUGGAAUCAUACUCUGCAUCACGGAUCUGAGUCUCAUCCCGUCCUACUCUGUCUCUUAUCCCCCCUAUUAUAACUGGGGUGUGAGCCCCGGCGUGGCUAUUUCCAGUGUGCUGCUCAUCUUCUGCCUCCUGGAGUUCUGCAUAACCUGUGUUUCUUCCCACUUUGGCUGCCAACUGGUCUGCUCUCAACACAACUACGUGGGCGUGGUCCUCCCGAAUGUCUAUGUGGCAAACCCAGGGGUCGUCCCAGAACCAGUGAACUUGCCACCGACUUCUUCCAACCAGUUCCAGAGCUCCAGAUAA